AUUGGCUGAUGAUCAGUAGUAGGCGGGAUCGUAUGAUCUUCCAGAUGAUUGACAGCAGCCCGGCGCAUCGACUGAUUAUAAACUUUGAUCUUAUUUUGUUUGUGUAAUGGCAGCUUGUGUUCAAAUUCAUCUCACCGUGGAGAUUUGUCCGAUUAGCUCGAGUAUCUAAGGCUUCAUUCAUCCCCUGUGUUCAGCUGCACAGAACUGCCGCAGUAAUGAGAGCAACAGUAGAUGAUUUUAACAGGGCCAAAGAGCAACUAGGCACUUUGAAAAAGGACCCAGGGAAUGAGGUCAAACUCAAAAUAUAUGCACUCUUUAAACAGGCCACUCAGGGACCCUGUAACACCCCUAAACCUGGCAUGCUGGACUUUGUCAACAAAGCGAAAUGGGAUGCCUGGAAAAGUCUGGGGUCUGUGUCACAGGAAGAGGCCAGGCAGAAAUAUGUGGAGCUCAUUGCAUCUCUGUUGAAAUCAGAAGCCCCUGCGGUGGCACCACAGCCUACUGGGAGUGCAAAGACCUUUCAGACCCUGCUGGUCAGCACAGAGGACAACAUCACCACCAUUCGCCUUAACAGACCUGAGAAGAAAAACGCAAUCACUGUGGAGAUGUACAAUGAGUUGACUGAGGCUCUUGAACUUGCUGGCAAAGAUGAUUCUGUCAUUACAGUGAUGACGGGCAGUGGAGAUUAUUACUGCAGUGGAAAUGACCUGAACAACUUCACUAACCUCCCAGCGGGUGGCGUAGAGGCGCUGGCGAAGCAAUCUGGCGAGUUAUUAAGGAGUUUUGUAAAGGCAUACAUUGACUUCCCCAAACCUCUCAUUGGAGUUAUAAAUGGACCCGCAGUAGGAGUGUCAGUCACGCUGUUAGGACUUUUUGAUGUUGUUUAUGCCACAGAAAGGGCAACGUUUCAUACGCCCUUCAGUCAGCUGGGACAGAGUCCUGAGGGCUGCUCUUCAUAUCUUUUCCCUAAAGUGAUGGGUGCAGCAAAGGCCAAUGAGAUGUUGUUGUUCAAUAAGAAGGUGACGGCCACCCAGGCCUGUGAAUUGGGUCUUGUGACCGAAGUCUUUCCUGACAGCAGCUUUCAGACGGAGGUGUGGACCAGACUGAAGGCCUACGCCAAACUGCCCAGGAAUUCUUUGGCCCUAUCGAAGCAGUUGAUCCGAGGGGUAGAGAAAGAGAAACUUCACGCUGUGAAUGACGCAGAGGUGGAGAGAUUGGUGGAGCGCUGGCUUUCAGAUGAGUGCAUGCAGGCUAUCAUGAGCUUCUUUCAGUCUAAAUCUAAACUGUGAGGAGAGACCAAGAUGUACCCGUUCAUAGUGUCAAAUGAACUUGAAAUUAACCUGCGAGCACUCAACUACAGCAGUAGUUAACUUUAACCACAUCCAAACCUUAAUGUUGUAUUAAUAACGUAUUGUAUAGAGUUGAACAGUAUUGGAUACUGUACGAUACGAUCACAUUAGACAUAUAAUUGUAUUUAACAGUGUAACAUAAUUAUGUUAAAAUCAGGUUAAACCAUUUGUUCCAAUUACCAGAUGUGCACUUAGCAACACUUACAGUAAGUUAAAUAAGUGCCUUAUUGAUUAUAGUGACCACAUUUACAUCUAAACCCAGCAGUAUAUUUUCAUAAAGGCCAAAAUUCAAAUUUUAAUAUAAUUUUUAAACACUAACGGUGAUUUUUUUAUAUUACAUAGCACAACAUUUUUGUGACGGGGUUUAUACUGUAUACAUUCUGCAACAAAGAGGUAUCAUGGUAAUAGCUUGUGUUUUUCUUUGUUUUGGACUUGUACCAUGGUAAUACUAUGGUAUGAGAGUAAUACCACACUUAUCAGUAAAUGUUUCAUUUUGGUAUUUUAUUAAAAUGUGAUAUUUAAAAUG